AGAGUAAUGGUUAAAAUUGUCUUUUUCAGGAAAAACUAUGCUUCCUCUUGGUGGAGCUACACCAUUAAAUACCAUUACUACACCUUCUGGUGUUAAAAUGAUUGUAGUUUCCUCCGCUGGUUUGACCUCUGGACAGCAAGGCAUCACCAUCAUCACUACUACAUCAACCAAUGUAUCUCAAUCAUCAUCAACUGUAACAUCUCCCAUUACUAUUACCAUGCCAUCUUCAUUGACAAAUAAAGUCAGCAGUAUCUCUAUUCCAGCCAAAUCUUUAACCACUACGAAUACAAAUCAGAUUUCAAGUGGUGGAGCACAAAUACUUACAUUGCCAACUCAAGGCAUCCUCCAAGCUAAACAAUCUGUAGUUGGAGGGCAAAAAGUUUUAACCCUCAUCCAACCUCCUCCAUCAGUUGCAACUUCAGCACCUGAGGUAUUUUCGUUAAAAAUAUAAGCAUGCUGUGUUAUA